UUUUAGCCAUUUAUGAUCAUGUGAUCACUUGGUACUUUUUUUCUCAAAUGCAGAGUGGGGUUCCUUCCCCACUUGCCACUCACCUCUAAAAGCUAAAGGAAGUUAUGAUGCUUAUGUGUAUAUUUUCUAGUUAUAUUUCUUCACAUUUGAAAAGAGCACAACUUCUUCUUUGAACUAAAUAUUCACUUGUGCUAUCAAAAAUAUAAUGGAGUUUUCCAAAUACCUUGGAGCUGCGGCUGAAGAGUGUAGCAGUAGCGAAUCGGGAUGGACCAUGUACAUUGUUUCUCCCAUGCAUGAAACUAAUUACAACAAUAAUCAUCAUUACUAUCAUGAUCAGCAUGUAAUUAAUGAUGGGAUUGAUAAAAGUCAGCAUAAUGGUGAUUAUGAUAAAAUGUACCACAAUCAUGAAGAUAGCGAUGAUUCUAUGGUCUCGGAUGCCUCUUCUCGUCCAAGCCGUCAACCAAACUUGUGUGGAAUGUCUAAGAAACCAGUAGGUGGAUUGCGCCGUGAUCAUUUCAAGCAUGCCCUGAACCAAAAACAUGCUGAGAAGAAGUUAUAUGACAGAAGACAAAGAGCGAUGAAAGAAGACGGAUGCAAGACAAGAAUUGAUGUUGUCAAGGCAAGAAAGACUAACUAACUAAUUUAUCUGAUUUGUAUUGUAAGCAACACUAUCUGUUUUUAUAAACAUCAAUCUGCAGCCUAGCUAAUGUAAGGGUGCAAUAUUAUAUCCAUGCACAUAAAUUUGUCUUUUUAGUGUGAAGUCAUCAAGAUAUAUAGCCAAGAGUUGCAACUCUCAUGCAUGUAUAACAUGAUACUAUUUCACAACAGAAAGGUGUUGUGCUUGUAGAGCUGUAGAUACUCCAAAUUUAUGAUUAUUUUUAAGGAA